AUGAAUAUGAUUCUGCCCACAGACGAUAAUUUGUUCAAUUAUGAAGAUCAAUUCCGAAUACGACAAAGAGAAAUGACUAGAACUUCUGAGUCGAAUAAAGAAAUGAAUCUUAGAACUCGUGUCAUUAAUCCAACUGAAAUGGAAGUAAAAUCCACUCCUAAACAAAAACCAGUUAAAAGAGCACAAAACCCUUCUAGAAUUGAUAAUCUUACACCAUAUAAUAUAGCUGAUGAUAUCCUAUCAAAGCAAUCUUUUGCGACCCUGGGAUAA